UAAGCACUGUGUAGUAUCAACACGGAGCUCAGUAUUAGUUUUGUGCACGUUAAGUAUUUUGUGAGUAAAAGCUACAUUUGAUUGGGUAUUCGGUGAAUAUUUGGCAUACCGUUUGUCUUCUAUAUACAAGAUCGGAUAUUUUCAGGGAGGUUCUGUGGACUGUAUGUGAAUUAAUUGCUAAUCAAGGAGUGACAUCUAAACUGUUAACCUCCAUUUAUUUUAGAGGAUGUUUGAAUUUUGUUAUCACCGUUUACCCGGAACGAUUGAUGUUUUAUAUGCAGGGUUGUCUAAUUCACAUUUCUGCUGUGCCAUGCAAUGGAGGCAUACACUCCAGACUGGAGGUGGUUAAGAUUGUCUGAAGGAACAUUUCGGCAAGUCUCCUUCCUCUUUGUAGUAACCAGAUGCCAUGGCUUCUAUCAACACUGGCCCAAGCCUUGAAGAAGAAUUGACCUGUUCUGUAUGCCGUGAGAUCUUCCGAGAUCCUAUCACUCUGCAGUGUGGGCAUAAUUUCUGUCGUGAUUGUGUUUCUCGUUACUGGAAACAGAAGAGAAGCCAUGCCUGCCCAUUGUGCCGUGAACUUUGCUCUGUUAAUGAGCUCAAAACCAACCAUACUCUGUCCAAUAUUGCAGAGUCUUUCCUGAAAGACCAGGAGCAGAAAUCAAAAGAUAGCAGAGAACUUUUAUGCAACCAGCACAAUGAGAAGCUAAAGCUUUUUUGCUUGGAGGACCAGGAGGCAAUUUGUGUUAUAUGUCAGACAUCCAUUAAACACGAGAACCACAAGUGUCGCCCAAUCCAGGAAGUUGCUGAAAAUUAUAAGGAAGAAUUAAGGAGUACACUGAAAGCCUUUCAAAACAAUAUGACUAAUCUGACAAGAAUUAAAGAGCAAUAUGGAAAAUGCCUGCAGCACAUUUCUGAACAAGAGGCUCAAACUGAAAAAGAAAUUCAGGAUCAACUAGGGAAGCUCCAUCAGUUUUUGUACAGUGAAGAGGAAUCCUUGCUAGCUGAUCUUAGAAAAGAGAAGGAAAAGAAAAUGCAAAAAAUGGAGGAAGACAUUAAAAAAAUUACUGAAGACAUUACCUGUCUUUCCGGUGCAAUCUCUGUAACAAAGCAAGAACUCAACACUGAUGACACCUUAUUCCUGAAGAAUAUUAAAAGUACUCGCAAAAGAGCCACAUGUACCAUUAGUGAACCACUGCUUACACCUGGUUCCCUCAUUGAUACUGCUAAGUAUCUUGAAAAUCUUAAAUACCAUGUCUGGAAAAAGAUGCUGACCAUUAUUAAAGCAGUUCCUGUUACUUUGGAUCCCAACACAGCUAGCCCAUUUCUGUUGCUGUCUGAGGAUUUGACAACCAUCAGCCAUAGCCCAUCAGUGAUGCAGUUGCCAGACAAUCAAGAAAGAUUUAAUCUUUGUGCUUGUGUACUAGGAUCAAACGGCUUCCGUUAUGGAAAACACACAUGGGAAGUAGAUGUAGGCUGCAAGCCUGAAUGGGAUGUGGGUGUGGCCAGGGACUCCAUCUGCCGAAAGGGAAAGAUUACUUUGAGCCCAGAGAAAGGUUUCUGGGCAAUAGCGCUAAGAAAUGGGGAGGAGUAUUAUGGUUGUACUUCCCGGUGGACACCACUAACUCUGCAAAGCAAACCGCGGAAGAUUAAAGUUUCACUGGACUAUGAAAAAGGAAAAUUGUCAUUUUACAAUGCUGAGGAUAUGACUCACAUUUUCACAUUUAUAGAGCGUUUUACAGAAAGACUUUGCCCUUACUUUUUUCAGGGUGUAAAUGAAGGGGACACCAAAUCGGAACCCCUCAGAAUCUGCCCUCUUAAGAUAACUGUUACAAAGGAAUAAUUGUACUUUUAAGAGGGAUCAGUUUUUCUUAAAGAUAAUGUCUUCAUAUGUCAAGAUUAUACUGUUCAUUGUCUGGUUGCAUACAAGCAUGGCACACAUAUCACAGAACAGAAGAAAAUCAUGAAGGCGAAUGUGUUUGAGGACAGAUGUAGUCCCAGAUUUGAGUCAUAGCAAAACAACCUGCUCAUGUGGAACCUUGACUGAAAUGAAGCACCUUUCUCUAUAGCAGUCUUUUCAGCUGUAAAAAUGAGUAACAGCCUAGCUG